AUGGGAAACUCUUCAGUUAGAACAUCGAAUGCUUAUCCUUAAAUAAUUCGCAUCAAUCACUUGCAGCACCAUGUAAAUUAUGAAAAUGAAGUCAAUUUUGAUAACGCUGAUGGUAGAAGCAUAGCAACUGCAGCACCUGAUUCACCUGAUUCACCAAAACUAAACCAUUCACUUUAGAUCAUUACUGAGAUAUUGUUAGAUGAAAAAUACGAAGAAAAGCGAUUAUUAUUUCUAAUUCUUCAAAGAAUAUUGAUGAAUCUGAAGUGUAAACUGAAAUUUGAAUACUCUACAAAGAUAUGA